AGUUCUAUAUUCCUUUCGAAGUUUGUCACUAAAUUAGGCCUCUUUUUUAUUAAAUAGCCCAAAUCUGAUUGCAGCACAUGUCUAAACAAGGAUUACCCAAAUUGUCAAAAGAUUUGUUGAAGAAAGGAAAGCACUUCAUAUUGAUACGAAACCCGACGGAUGUUCUGGCAUCCUUCGACAAAGAUGUGCCCCCAACAAUUUUGGAGAUCGGUUUAGCUGCUCUUGUUACCAUAUACAUUGAGCUUAGUGAUCAAGGGAAUCCGCCGACUAUCAUUGAUGCAGGAGAACUUCAACGAGAUCCAGAGGGGUAGCCAAGGAAAAUUUAAGAGCAAAGAAUCCGGACCUGAUGAAGAAAUUCAGCGUCAUGCGAUUUGCUCAGUGAGCUAAUCAAAGGGCCGCGAAAAAGCCUCUCCCUCUUCCGCCUAAGGAUUCCACCAUUGUAGAGAAGGGCCUUGAUGAUGUGCCCAGCCAGCAGGAGGCUCUCCAUCUCCUCGAGGAGAGGAAAAGAAUUCAUAUUCUCGAUGAGUCUAAGAGGGCGAUCCCUCAGACGAGGGAUGCGAAGAAAAAGAGUAGGAAGGAGAGGAAGAGGAAGAGAGACUCUUCUUCCCACGGGGAGAGCACGGCCAAGAGGGCCUCUGGAGACACCAUUCAUACGGCGGUGCCUCUCCGGAUGAGGCCAGCUGUAGAAGAAGCGUCCUCUCCCUAGGCUGCUUCUGUGCCCAUGUUGGACCUCUUGAGUUUUGAUGAUGACUACACUUAAGCAAAUAUGUGUUUAGAGAUUGUGUGCAGGUCGAUAUCCGAUUAAUUGUGAUCGUUGAUAGUACCUAUGGCUUAGUUCAUGGGAAUGCACGUGUCAAAAGGAUUCAAGGGAUGUUAGAAGA